UAUAUGCAGAUAGCUGCCAAUCCAGAACAUUUUUGGCUAUAUGAGACAAGUUUGUUUUUAUUGAGCUGUGUAUAUAUAUUUUUAGCUAACUUUCAUCACGUGGCCUCUCUGCAACUUCAUUAACAUAAAUGAUAAAUCUCAGUUAGUUCCUAUCUCUCUCGUCUCCUUCCUCCCUUCUCUCUUUCUGUCUACUUUCACACAAGAAAUGUGUGAUCAGUUUGACAAAUCAUGAGUUCCUCCUCAAGUCUUAAACUCCAUUUUUGGUGGAGAAUUCUUGCUGUGGUUGAGUUUCUUGUGGUUCAAGCUUUGGGGUUAAACACAGAUGGGAUUCUCUUGCUGUCUUUCAGGUAUUUGAUUCUUAGUGAUCCUCUAAACGUAUUACAAAGCUGGAACUCCGCCGACCAGACGCCUUGUUCUUGGAAUGGAGUAACUUGUGGAGCAGUAAGCAACUCCAUUAAAGGCGACCUUCGAGUUACAGGCUUGUCUCUUCCCAAUUCUCAGCUUCUUGGUUCAAUUCCAUCCGAUCUGGGCUUACUUCAACACCUUCAGAAUCUUGAUCUUUCCAAUAAUUCUCUCAAUGGGUCUCUCCUUGUUUCCUUAUUCAAUUCAACCCAGAUUCGGGUUCUUGAUUUGUCAAACAAUUUGAUCUCCGGUGGAAUACCAGAAACCAUUGGAACUCUGCAAAACCUUCAAUUCCUUAACCUUUCCGAUAAUGGAUUGACGGGGGCUUUACCUGCAACUCUUACUACUAUCCAGAAUCUAACUGUUGUUUCUCUGAAGAACAAUUACUUUUCAGGGAAUCUCCCAAGUGGCUUCCAAUCUGUUCAAGUUUUAGAUCUCUCUUCCAAUCUUGUUGAGGGUUCCUUGCCACCAGACUUCGGAGGCAGCAACCUCAACUACUUGAAUUUUUCUUACAACAGACUUUCCGGGAAAAUUCCACCAGAAUUCGCCGAGAAAAUCCCCAGUAACGCUACCAUUGAUCUUUCCUUCAACAAUCUUACAGGAGAAGUUCCGGAUUCUGUCGUUUUCAAGAACCAAGAUUCCAAAUCUUUUUCGGGGAAUCCUCAUCUAUGUGGCGAAGCAACAGAGCGUGAUUGUCCAAGUCCUUCACCAACUUAUCCUCCAGCAAUGGCCGCCAUCCCCAAGAAAACGGAUCCCGGAGCUAAAACAUCCCGGCGAAACAAGCUUAAACCAGGAACAAUAGUGGGAAUUAUAGUCGGUGAUAUAGCUGGAGUUGGAUUAGUAAUUAUGGUAUUCCUUUUCGUCUAUAAAAUAAAGAGAAAAAACAGAGUACUGGAGACCACACUGAAGCAAGAAGCUAAUACAGCAUCCCCAUCGUCAGAAUCAAAAGUGUUUGCGAUAUGGGCAUGUUUAAUAAAGAGAGGAAAGUACGAAGAAGAAUCCGACAGUACUGAAGAGGAAGAAGAUGAUGAUGAUCAACGGCGAAAAGGGCAAGAAGAUGACAAGAAAGGGACGUUGGUGACCGUCGAUGGGGAAAAGAAACUUGAUCUGGAUACGUUACUUAAAGCGUCGGCAUACAUAUUAGGUGCCACCGGGUCUAACAUACUGUACAAGGCGGUGCUUGAAGAUGGGACCUCCUUGGCGGUUCGACGGAUUGGUGAGAACAGUGCGGAUGGGUUCAGGGAUUUCGAGACCCAGGUUCGAAUCAUUUCUAAACUGGUGCACCCCAAUCUGGUCAGGAUUCGUGGGUUUUAUUGGGGAGUUGAUGAAAAGCUUAUUAUCUACGAUUUUGUACCAAAUGGCAGCCUCGCCAACGCUCGUUACAGAAAAGUUGGCUCUUCACCUUGUCAUCUUCCCUGGGAGGCUCGGCUAAAAAUUGCUAAAGGUGUGGCCCGUGGGCUAGCAUAUCUCCAUGAGAAGAAACAUGUGCACGCCAAUUUGAAGCCCAGCAAUAUCCUCUUAGACUCUAACAUGGAACCCAAGAUUGGAGAUUUCGGUCUAGAAAGGCUAGUAACAGGUGAUACAAGCUCUAAAGUGGGAAUGUCAGCCGUAAAUUUUGGUAGCAAGAGGUCGACAGCAUCAAGGGAUAGCCUCCAAGAUGUAGUGGGACCUAGCCCCAGUCCAAGUCCAAGCCCGAGCUCAUUUGGUGUAUCGCCGUACCAUGCCCCGGAGUCACUUCGGAGCCUCAAGCCCAACCCCAAGUGGGACGUAUAUGCAUUUGGGGUGAUUUUGCUUGAGCUUCUAACCGGGAAAGUUAUAAUUGUGGAUGAGCUGGGGCAGGGAAAUGGGGUGGUGGUUGAGGACCAGAACAAGGCAUUGAGGAUGGCUGAUGCGGCUAUUCGUGGGGAUUUAGAAGGCAAAGAGGAUGCAUUGCUGGCUUGUUUCAAGUUAGGGUACCAUUGUGCAUCUCCAAUCCCACAAAAGAGACCCACCAUGAAAGAAGCCUUACAAAUUCUUGACAAAAUCCCAUCUUCUUCCCACUAUUAUGGAUACUGAUAAACCCAUUUGAGAACAUUCAGACUACCUUGCUAGUAAAAAUUGUAUGUAAUGAUUGACUUACAGGUUUUCUUUUAUUUUCUCCUUUUCUUUUUUUGUUUAUACUUUUGCUUCAAAGUUUAGGUUUAGCUGAAAAUGCAUGGUAUCGUGCAUUGGAUGAACUUUUAAAUUACAAGUUACAAACAUAAAUAAUAUAAAUCUGAAUAAUUACCACAUAAAA